GCAGCGUGUCGUAAUAAUUGAUUUUAUAUGCUGCUCUAUGCUGACAGCAAAAGAUGUUCACUUUGUACGGAUUGUUUUUGUCGUUUGUCUUAUGUCGUGGUUCAACAGCAGUGGAAGAAGGAAGGAUAGUGUUCCCUCGCAUGUUGGAAGCCCGUGCUGACCGUGGACAAGACAGAGUGCUCAAAAUCACGGACGAUUUAGUACUGAACCUCCAGAGUGCUAAUGCAUACUCGGAAAAUUUCCUCGUUCGAAGUCACAUCGACGAAAAUACGGUGCAGGAGGACUACUUUAGGGCAAAGGAUUACGAGCAAUACCUGUUUCACGAUCCAGGCAACAAGGCGUCGGUGGCGGUGACCGAGCGCGACGGACUUCAAGUGGAAGGAAUCCUUGGAGAAGUGCUUCGCAUUCGCCCACUACCUGAGAGAGAAAGGUCAGAUGAAGGUCACGUGGCUCACCUGCUUUUCCGAAUCGAUGCUCAGAAGACACGUUAUGACGAUUACGUUAUCCCUGAAGAAGCCAUCACCAAUCUUGAAUCGAGCGGCACUGUGGUUGAGCGACAAGAUAUACCGAAACGGAUUCAUCCUGAACUGUUCAUCCUGUGCGACAGUGCCUUCGUUCAACACUUCAAUAAAGGACUGGAAAGUAUCAUCUUCUACUUCGGCAUCACGAUAAAUGCGGUAAACAUGCGAUACCUCAGCGUGAAAGACCCGAAUGUUCGUCUCAGGCUUGUGGGUUUCGAACUCCACACGAGGACGACUGAGUCUUUCCUACAAUACCAUUCAGCUGCAAACAUCCACGGUACAGCGUCCCUCUCUGCGCUCAGGGAGUAUGUCAACUUGCGUCCCCAAAACUACAGUACAUAUGACAUGGUCUACUUGGUGACUGGGUUGAACAUCAUUGAGCAGCGUGGCGGGUAUCUACAGGACUACGCAGGUUUCGCUUACGUCGGAGGCAUCUGCACGGACGCUCGUGUUGGUAUAGGAGAAGAUAUUCCAAAGACUUGGUACCACGUUCGAACUGUAGCACACGAAGUUGGUCACCUACUAGGCUGUCCCCAUGAUGGUGAUCAUGCCCCGAGCGUAUUGCAUCACUAUAGUGGAUCAACGCGGUGCCCGUGGAGUGACGGAUACAUCAUGAGCUACAUCCAGAAUUCCCGCAAGGAGUUCAGGUUCUCUUCGUGCUGCAACGACAUGAUCAGAUAUCUUAUCCACUUUCGAGGCCGCACAUGCAUGUUGACCAAUGACGCCCACAUCACGUACAACAAAGAGAAAUACCUCCCCGGCAAGUAUUUGGGUGCCGAUGAGCAGUGCCAGAAGUUCCUGGGAUACAUACUGAAAAAGACCUACAGUUUAAAAGAUGAGUUAGGAAUAGCUGCCAACCGGAGAUGCAGACUUCUUUGUCAUGCCGCAGAAAGUAUCUACGGCUACGAGACUCAUCUUGGAAUGUUCGCCGUCGACGGCACCCGUUGCGCCGAUAAAAAAGUAUGCUACAACGGCUACUGCAAGAAGAUACCUAAGAUUAAACCAGAAACAUUAGCGGAAUAAAAUGGUUGUCGUUUUUCA